UAUGGGUGAUUAUCACUUUGAUCUAAACCUUUACAAGUACUGAAAAUUUAAGCCUCGAAACAUACCCUCCCGAAGAAUGUGCCCUUGUAUUGUAGGACUGUUUGGUACGUUUCAGACUGCGGGCACUAUGGGUAACCAGCAUACAAGUAAAGGCCAACCCAAGCUCUGUGCAAAAUAUACCUGCCUCAGGUCCCGCUGUCAACAAAAUGCCCUCCACUCCUGUCUUGUCUAGUCCCAAUUUAUUUAUUUUUAAUGGGAAAUUAUUGUAAUUACUAUAAUUUACUAAGCAGUGCUAAAAAUAAAAUAAUGAAUGAUGUGUGAAUCCUCUCUGACUGUAUUUUUUUUUUUUGUUAAAUUCUUUUUUUAGGGUGACAUUGUGUUCUUGGUUGUCAUGAUGUUGAUGGGUUGUCUAGCUUUUGGUUCAAGGGAAUUCAGGCUUUUUCAGAUUCCUGUUCAUGCAUGAUCGCCAUCUUUUUUUAUCUUCUUCUUGUUGGCUCUCUUUUGGGUUCUGGGGCUUUGAAGAAAAUCCUGAAUCUUUUUAUUCUUUCGCACCAAUUUGGAUUGAAAAGAUUGUACCUUUCUUGGAAGCACUUUGUUAUCUCGGUACCAGAGAUUCAGAUUUCAAAGGAUUUUAUGAUUUCCAGAGAUGGGAUUAGAAAGCUGUGAUUAUUCAAGUUUAGAGUGAUUAAUGAUUUGGGGUAUGUGCCAAUCCACUUGUAACUGAACUGGGUUGCUUGUGAUUCUGUCAGCAAGAAUGUUGGUUAUACGGGUGUUUGAUUGUUAGGUGAGGUGAAUCUUAAAAUGGACUUGGCCUCUAAUUGCAAGUAUCAGAUGUUCUUUGGGAGAAACUUGAAUUCUAUAACAUGUAAAGGUCUUGCUUUGAUUGUUAUUGCUCUGUUUCUUAGAGUUGUGCUGCUUCCUUCAUUCUCUGGUUAUGGUGGGAUAGAUAAAAAUAAUCUUGAUUUGGUUCAUAGCCGGUCUUUAUCCUUGGAUUCUGAUUACGGAAUUCGCAAAGAUAAAUUCUUGGAAGUUCCUCAGAUAGUAUGGGGACUAAACAAUCAAAAGAUAGCAUUUGCAAGAGCUUGUCUAACUGCUAGAAUGCUGAACCGAACUCUGCUAAUGCCUAGUUUAAGUGCCUCCCUGUUCUAUAAGGAAAUAGAUCGCCUCCAGCCUAUUUCCUUUGACAAGGUGUUCCAAUUUGAGAGGUUUAACUCCCUCUGUAAUGGGUUUGUGCAGUUGGGCAGUUAUUCAGACCUUAGGAAUCAAACUGGAUUGCAUGAGCUACAGAAGGGAAGUGGGAGGAAGUGGACUGUUGAGAGGGAUUUGGAUCAACUGAAACAGCUUAGCAAGGAUCCAUUUGAUGGAUAUGAGGUAAUUAGAAUAGUUGGGAAGAAUCCGUUUUUGUGGCAUGAUCAUUGGCCUGUUAAGAACUAUGCCAGGGUCUUUGAAUGCUUAGUUUUGGUUGAUGAGAUAGCUAGAGAGGCAGAUAGAGUUGUGUCAAAGAUUAGAGAAGUAGGAAAGGAAAUGAGCAGCAGAAUUGGCUCCGCUCAAAGCGAUUUGGGUCCUGAUAGCUCUCUGUUGGAGCCAGUGCCUUACGUGGCAGUUCACAUGAGGAUAGAGAUUGAUUGGAUGAUUCACUGCAAGAAGUUAGAGCGGAAAUUAAAUGUUAGUGAAAUCUGUAGCAGCAAGCGGGAGAUUAUGGAGAGAGUGGGGAACAUUGUAGGCCUAAAAGGUCCUACUGUUGUUUAUCUCGCUGUAGCUGAUAGUCUUCUUGAAGAUUCUUCUAUACUCACAGGGUGGAAGGAAGGUUUGCUUCCUGUUGAGAAGAAUAAACUCAGUGUCGAUGGAAUUUAUAAGAAAUACCCAUAUCUCAUUCAGUCAGCAAUAGAUUAUGAAGUUUGCUCCAAGGCUGAUGUUUUUGUUGGGAACAGUUUUUCAACAUUUUCAAGCCUCGUAGCUCUCGAGAGAACACAGAAGAUGAUUAGAAUGGGCGUUACAAGCUCGUGUGGCGCGGGUGUAAGAUGGCCUUCAUAUGCAUACAAUAUAUUGGGGGAAUCCAAUGGUCCUCAUAAAUGGAUGACAAAUAUGUCUGAUUCAAGCCUCAAAGCAAUCAGCUAUGGUUCUAAUAUCAUCACCUGUUGAAGAUUAUUGCACGAAAUCGCCGAUACAACCACUUGGUUCUGAAACCUCAAAUGAGAUCUUGUGGAAAUUGGUUGGUAUAGUUUCGGCAGCUUUUUCUCUAAAGAAAGUAAAGGAUAUAGAAUUUCAAGAUAGCAGUAUAAACCAAAUUAGGUACACGUUUCUUUUCUGUAGUUGCUUAUAUUUAAAUUUUUUCAAUUAGUUUGUUUAUAGAAUUUCAUAGAGAUUGAUAUUUUGGUUCCUAGGGCCUUAGACACAAACUUUCUCCACAUGUUUUACCUAUGGUACUAAAUCACCAUUGGAAGAAUGUCCAUGAAUGGCUGCAUUUCUUGAAAGAUUUACUCAUCUUUGGAUGUUAUACAUGGUGUCCUCAAGAUCACUUUCCCAAAGAGUAUCACUAGUCCCACCUCCCAACCGAGAAUUCGUGCUGGUAUUUUUCAAAGCUGAUGAUAAUUCUUCUUCCGCUGAUUCUUUCAUCUUUCUCCUCCUCCUCUCUUCCCCUUCUUCUUCCUCCAAAUCACCCCAUAAACAUAUCCUUCCGUACAGAACUGGUACCAGAUGCUUUAUUGUCGUUGUUAUCUGUGAAAGCAAAGGGAUGUACAGGUGAGUUUGCUGGUCAUAUGAGCACCAAACCCCUUGAUUGGCAUCAUAAUAAAGACAUGCAUUUCCAUCAAAGUAGAAGCCCGAAGCAGCAUCGUAGUAAUAACCAGAUGCUUCGUCCCACCAAAACCCAGGUUGUGGAGCUGAACCAUCCUUUUGAACUGUAAUAUCUCCACCAGCUUGCUCCUGCCCACGGGCUGAUGAUUUUCAUCUGGGUUAUAUUCCUUGAGCGCCGCGCCCAUCCAACAGCAUCAAACUGUUGUGUAAACGCCGCUGCCUCAAUUGCAGCAGCUGCUUGACUGCGACUAUCCUGAUGCCCCUGGGCCAAGAAUGCUCUUUGCGUGUGCCCCUCUUAAGAUGAGAGGUUCCAUUGGUCGCAUCAUCAACCGAAUGGAAAUGUACAAACGCAAAUCCCCUUGAAACAUGAGUAAACUUGUCUCUAACCAGUCGAAGAUCCUUGAUUGGAGCAUGUUGGAAAAUUCAUAUCGAAGCAUCUCCUCUUCCGCAUUUUCAUCCCAGCUGCGAGCAAACAAAACAUGAGUUAGACCUGCCUCAAAUCUGCUGCUGGUGCAUCAUCCGUUCGCGGCUCAUUGCACUGAAGGCAGGAUGUACGCCAUGCGAAAUUGACACAGCCAUAACUGGUGCACAUCCAAAAAGACGGCACCGUGAUGUUUCUGUGCUGAUCAGAUUUAUCUUGACCAAAAGGUCCUCAUGCCCCCCAGUUGGCUUGCUGAACUCAAAGAAAAGCUUCUGCCAUCAACAAGAAGACGAUUAGAAGAUUUCUUUUACUUAAAAAUUAUAGUCGAAAAAACUUCUACCCCCGACCCUGAUUUUGAGACCGAAUCACUGUUGCCUGAAGGUCUCUUUUGGCAAAACUUUUGUUGCGCUGAUUUAGAAGCUUCAUGACCA